GUAAGUGGUGGUAGUCAGUGUUCGGUGGUGACGACAGACGGCAGUGUCGCGUACCUUCGACUCAGUGAAAUAAAACGCGUAGAGAUGAGAUCCGCGUUAUUAUGCGUUUUCGUUACGCUAUUUGUCGAAGGAAAUAUAGUUGCAGGAAAUGACUUCAGACCGACACCUAUCCCUCUGGACGAAUGGCGGCCGGGGGAGAGACGCGGUAGAGCAGGGACAUUACACGAGACAAUCAAAACUGCUUCCCCACCCACUAUUGUCGCUAUCCCCGCACAUUACUGGGAAGAUGCGCUACGUCACAGUGUCUAUUUAACCUUAGUCAGAGAUAAAAUUGAUCAACUAAUUGCUAAAGGAGACAUCGACUCGAAAGAGACACAAGAUUCAAAACACAUAGACGAUCAAGAUCUUUGGGAAAAAAUUAAAACAGCACCAUUCGAUAGACUUAAAGAAGUCGAAAGUACAACAUAUGGAGAUGUUACGAUAUUAGCAAGAGGAAGGUUAUUAGAAGAAUUAAAAGGAUAUCGCUUCACAGAAGACGACAAGUCGCAUGAAAAGUGCGACGAAGAUAAAUGCAUGAACGGUGUUAAAGCUUUCUGGACCGUGAAGCGUGUUAGACAAAGAGAUCAAGAAAUGUCUCCAGGCAAAUACCACUAUGAGUUAACGUUUUCUGUCAUGUCACAAAUACCAAAAAAACAACACAAGCCGUAUGAACGACCAAUUAGAACAUUCACGGUCCAAGAGAGCAUAAAUGAUAGAGUAACUGAACAACCUUUAACAUAUAGAACUGAAACAGCACCACCGCAAAUAUCUCGGCCUGAAAGAGCCAUUUGGUUCCAUAAAAACAUUGGUCAAACACCUCGCUACCACAAAAGAGAAAAACAGAGCGAAUUAGAAAGAUUAUUCUCUUCGCUAUUUGAUGAUGAUGAUGAUGACGAUCCGAACUAUGAACAACAAAGAAGAUAUAAACAAAACCAAUACCAUCCGACAUAUUCACCAUAUUCUAAAGUUAGUUACGUAGGAAGCGCAAGUUCAGAGCACAACACUCAUUUAAAAUCAUUACCAUAUCCAUAUAAACCUCACGGUAUCAAACACCAGAGCCAUCCUCCGGACACCUUCCAUCAACAUUAUUUAGAACAAGACAGUGGUUUGAAUUAUCCACAUUUCUCACAGGCAGAUUACAAAAUACCGGGAUAUAAUAAAGUAGAUAGCACAACCCGUCCGGCAGUCUUACCUACGCCAUUACCUCCGCUGGCUUCAUCGAAAGAUUCUUUUACAAAAAAGAGCACUACGAUGAAAUAUGAAAUGUCAGAUAUGAUUACAAACCCACCACCGAUACAUAAACAAUAUAACAAAGGGAAAGCACCAGUUAAAGGUAAUUACUUUCCGGAACGUUUAAGACCACCAAUUUAUAACGCACCUCCUGGCGUUUUUGUCACGAUGGACAAGAAACCUUUUAAACCGAUGCCACCGUUAAAGAUGCCAGCCACGAAACCACUGAGGUCACAUAAACCCAUCGAUUUUCGACCGAGUCCACAAGUUCUCGAUGUUCAGUUUUCUGAACCCGAUCCCUUGUUCGAUUCUGCAUUUAGGCCAAUAACUGUAAAUUACAUCGACAGUACAAACACAACAGAGAAAGCCAUUGUUACGGAAGAAAACAAAUACAGCGAUCAUAUAUUACAUAAACCUGUAAGCUCGAAAAGGCCUCCGAAGAAACAAAACAAUAUAAGAAACUAUGAAAUCACAACAAACAGUCCAGAUAUUAUAACUGCUAAUAGUAACGAACAAGACGAUGUUAUUGAAUGGGCUGACAUGCUGAGUAUUUUUGCUAAAACUACUCCCAUGGAUACACAUAAGGAGAAAAAUAAAACAUUGUCGAGUACCACACCUCUGCCAACAUCUACCGCUACUAUUAAAGUUAAUACAAAAGAAACAACAACUCAAACUUCAACCACUACACUGCCCUCUACAACGCAAAAGCUCAAGAAACGUACUCGACCCCCGCCAAAGUUCAACAAAACGGAAAAAAUCAAAAAGCACAAACGAAUCACCACAACAACUUCAACAUCUACCACAACAUCCACAAGUGCUCCAUUAACUACAAAACUUUUUAAAGAAAAGAAACGAUUCAAACCAGAUUCAGAUGCAAAACAAUCCAGUACGAUUGUCACUAGUACUACAAAAGCACCAUGGAAACCUUCUUCAAAAGCAACCACUACUCCAUCAAGCACUAUUAGUACAUCAACGACAGAAAACCCACCAUCAACAACUACUAAAACAACCACUAAGGCUACUAGUACUGAAUCUACAUCGACUACAAGACCAAAGAAUAUUAACCGGUUUCGACAAUCAACAUUAUUGAUUAAAGGAACAUCACUAAAACACGACAGAUGGAGUGCCACAAGUGCAGCGCCUGAAAAACUUCGCGGUGUAGUUUCAUCGAAUUAUAAUCAGAGAAGAAAAGGUUCCAAUUUCCAAGGAUAUAUUUCGUCUACACCUAAAUAUGUAGACGAAGAGCGAAAUCGCCACGAUCAUAUCGAUGGUACAAGUACUAUAAGACCGAUUACUCAAGAGAUUACGACGAAAAAAGCCGAGGUAACAUCUACUGUACCAACCGUUGAGGAAAGCGAAGAAGAAAUUUCAAUGGACGGUGAAGAAAUAUCGAAAAUUAAAGAAAACCAAACAUCUGAAGAAACGAGAGAUCAAAGUGAAUAUAUUUUUCAAUCAUCUGAAUCAGGUAAUGACGCAAGCAAUGAAAUAAUUGAUACAGAGGCGACAUUCACAACUGAAAAGAUCACCACAUCACAAUCAACACCUAAAGGUAAGAAAUGCAAGAAAAAACAUCAAAAUUCAACAACAACUGAAGCUAUUCCAACAACAACAACAACUAUCGCUCCUACCACUACAACUACAACCACUACAACUCCUAGUACACUAGAAGAUCUACUAAACGACUUUUCCUUCGAUGAUGAAUCUAAGGAUGAUGAAAUUGCCCAACACGAUACAGAUAACGAAGCGAGUCAAUCACAAGAUCAUUAUUUCAAAAUGAAUGAUGAUUUAAAAGAACUUCUUGAUACUAUUAACAAAGACAGUAAAUAUGAAGGUUUAACUGACGACGACGAAUAUGAUGAAGAGAAUGAUGAUGAUGAUGAUGAUGAUGAUGACGACGAUGAUGAUGAAAGGGAAGCAAUGUUUGAAGAUGAAGAUAUCACUUAUCAUUCAUCUGAAGAUUCACCUCGACAUUCAAAUGACGAAUAUGACGAGAAACGGCCAUUAAGUUUGCUAGAAUUAAUGGCUAUGGAAUAGACUGAAUAUUACUAAAUAUUGCCACACUUAUUUGCUUGAUAGUUACUAAGCAGUUCCUUAGUGAAGAUUUCGAUUAUAAAUCUAUACUAAGGAAUACACUUACUAACUGUGAGUAUGGCACAUAAAAAUACUCAAUAAGUCAGCUUUAAUACUGUUGUACAAGUCUGUA